AUGCAACGGACAUUCCGCUUGCUCGCGAGCGUCAAGCCAGCGCGCUAUCUGGAGCCUGGCGUUCCGACUGGCCUCACUGGCCUCUACACACAUGGCUCUCCACGGUCGACCCUCAUCUACCUCUAUACAAGCACCCUCGACAAGCUGAAGGCCGUCCCGGAGUCGUCGCUUUACCGCCAGUCUGUCGAAGCUCUGACCAAGCACCGCAUGUCGAUCGUCGAGUCCGCGAAGCCUCCCGGCUAUGAUGAGUGGGUGGCCAAGGCCAAGAAGCAGAUGUCAGAGCACCCGGAGAGCUUCAACGUCAAGUCGCUCGGGAGUGUCGAUGGAGCUCGUGCCAUUCGUGUCGAGCGUGGCGGCAUGUCCUUCGUGAUCCGUCAUCUACCCCAGGAGAAAGAUAUCCGCUACGAGGAGUGGGAUGGCGAGAUUGACGAGGGUCCGGAACUCGAGGGCCCGCGGAGUGAGGAGGAGCGCAAGGACCAGGUACUCCUUGCGGAGAGAAAGUCUCUGGACGAAGUCGAACAGAUUCAUUGGGAGCCGGAGCCGCAAUUAACUGCUGAUCAAAUCGAAGAGAUCGAAGGCAAGAUCGGGGCCGGUCUGAUCGAGGAGGUUGUUCAGGUUGCUGAGGGCGAGCUACGAAUAGUCGACACAAUGAUUCAAGCUAAAGUAUGGGAGAGCCUCGAUGAGAAGCCGGCAGAGGGUCAAUGGUCAUACUUCGAGAGGAAAGCAUAG